AUGUCUCCUCCCGGAGCAUCAUCGUCACAUCUGAGCUAUCUGGAGCAGGCCGUCUCGCUCCUCUAUACCGUGGCCGCUUAUAUGCGUUUGCCAGCUUUAGCCUCCACGGGUGUCGCCGCCGUCCUAACUACCCUAUUAUACUUCAAGCAAAAAGCCCUGAUCUACCCGUCUCACAUGCCCCAGAAUGCUCGAACUAAUGUACCUCGACCUUCGCAAUUUGGUAUCAAGGAUUUCGAGGAAUUGGUAAUACCUACUAACGAUGGCGAGAAACUGUCGGCGUUUUAUAUACGCGGCCCAAAAGGCGGCCGUCAUUCCAAAUGUACUAUUUUAAUGUUCCAUGGCAAUGCUGGCAACAUCGGACAUCGAUUGCCCAUAGCCCGCAUGCUCAUCAACUACAUCGGCUGUAAUGUCUUUAUGCUGGAGUAUCGGGGUUAUGGCUUGUCAACCGGAGAGCCGGAUGAGAAAGGAAUUACCAUCGACGCCCAGACCGCCUUAGACUAUCUACGAAAUCGAGCCGAAACAAGCACCCAUAAGCUUGUUAUUUACGGGCAGAGUUUAGGAGGCGCCGUCAGUAUCAAAUUGGUAGCGAAAAACCAACAUGCGGGAGACAUAGUUGGCUUGAUAUUGGAGAACACAUUUCUCUCCAUGCGAUCGUUGAUUCCAUCCGUUAUACCGCCGGCGAAGUAUUUGACCAUGCUGUGUCACCAAGUCUGGCCAAGCGAGUCCAUUCUGCCGUCCAUAACAGAAGUUCCUAUCUUAUUUUUAAGUGGUCUCCAAGACGAGAUCGUCCCACCGUCCCACAUGAGGAAGCUAUACGAAUUAGCUACUACACCCACCAAGAUAUGGAAGCCGUUGCCGGGUGGUGACCAUAAUUCCAGCGUAUUAGAGGAGGGAUACUUCGAGGCUAUAUCGGAUUUCGUGUCCAACAACGCCGGUGAGGCGAAAUCAUAA